AUGAAGAAUAGUCAAGACAUCCACAAUCAGUGGGCCUUUUCCUCAGAAGAUCUCGAAGAUCGUCUUGCUCUAACCCUCUCCCCUCCUUCAGCCAGACCAAGGCCACCACCACCACUACUGCCAUUGCCUCUUCAACCAGCACUGCAUCAACCAAGACCACAACUGCAACCAACUAAGUCGCCAGAACCUAUGAUCUCACCACCACCACCUCAUCACCCUUUUUACAUUCCUACUCUUGUUACCGGACCUCCAACGCCGACACAAGCUCGUCAAGAGCUCGUUCCUUCCCGCCCCUUACGCACUCGGCGAAACCCUCCAAAAGUUCGUCGCUCCGGAAAUAGUGAAGUCAUCACCCCUCCUUAUCCAUGGGCAACCAACCACCGCGCCACUGUACAUAGUCUUCACAACCUCCUAUCCAUGGGCAUCCACACUAUAUUCGGGGAAGUAAAAUGCAAGAAAUGUGAGCAUCAGUACGAAAUGGAGUUCCAACUCGAAAGCAAAUUCAUAGAGGUUGCAUCAUUCAUCGCAACAAAGAAGAGCACAAUGCACGAUCGGGCUCCGAGAGAAUGGACGCAUCCACUGCUCCCCACAUGCAGGUAUUGUGAGCAGGUCAACAGCGCCAAACCCAUUAUAGAUAGGAAGAAAAAGAUGAUCAAUUGGCUUUUCCUGCUUCUUGGACAGAUGCUCGGCUGUUGUAGUCUAGAGCAAUUGAAAUACUUCUGUAAGCACACCAAGAAUCAUCGUACAGGUGCCAAAGAUCGGGUUCUUUAUCUGACUUAUCUUGGACUCUGCAAGCAACUUGACCAUACAGGUCCUUUUGAUCGUUGA